AUGGGGAGAACCCCGAAUGUUAUGAGGAGGCCAUGGAAGAUGAGCACAAGGAUCAAUGGAUCGAAGCCGCAAGAUGAGAUGAAAUCUGCGUACGAGAACCAUACUUAUGAGUUGGUGAAAUUGCCCUAUGUUUCCAGCAAUUUUUUUCUCGUUGUCCUCUUUGUUUUUGUAUUGUGUCCAGAUUCAGUUUCCUGCUUCUUAUUUUUGUUUCAGAUUUAUGAAUGGAUUAACGACUCCGAACGUCUUUAUCUAUCACCUGGAGGUGUUUCAGUCCGACUGGAUCUGAUAUCAAAGGCCCACGGUCUGGAAGCAGCAGAGAAGUAUUUCACUAGCAUUCCAGAUAAGCUGAGAGCUUCUUGUGUAUAUGGCGCUCUUUUGAACUGCUAUGCUGAUGCAAAAUCAUUGAGAAAAGCAGAAGGGACAAUGCAAAAGAUGAAGAAUCUGGGGGAUGCUAAUGUACUGAAAUACAAUAUUAUGAUGAACCUUUAUGUUCAAAUGGGAGACCUUGAGAAACUGCACUCGUUAGUGCAAGAGAUGGAAGAUAAGAGAAUUUCUGGAAAUGCAUUCACCUAUGCUAUCCGGUUAAAUGCCUAUGCAUCUGUUCCCAUUAUUAAGGAGAUGGAGAAGCUUUUGAUGAAGGUGGAAGAAGAUCCCCUGCUGAUUGAAUAGAAUAGUUAUGUAAUCGCUGUCAAGGGCUACAUGAAAGCUGGUGAUGUAGAAAAAGCUUCAGAGGUAUUGAAGAAAUGCGAGCACCUAAGUAAGGGGAAAAAUGCAAGGCUUGCUAAUGAAUUCAUGCUUUCCCUCUAUGCUAGUAUGGGAAAGAAAAAUGAUGUGUUUCGUAUAUGGAGUAAAAUAAAGAAUAAUGGCAAGGUCUACAGUUCAAGUUAUCAUUCCAUGAUAAGUGGACUGGAAAAGUUAGAUGAUAUUGAUAGUGUAGAGAAGAUAUUUGCGGAGUGGGAAGAAAAUCAUGUAUAUUUUGACAUCAGAGUUCCGAAUUUUCUCAUAGCAAUUUACUGCAGAAAGAGUCAUUUGGAUAAGGCUGAAUCCAUUAUAGAAAGACUCUAUCAGAGUGGUAAGAGGCCAAACUAUAGGACAUGGGAUCAUCUGGCACUAGGAUAUUGUUCAAACGAUCAGAUGGAGAAGGCAGUUGAAACAUUGAAGAAAGCAAUCUUGGCAAGUGUGCCACAGUGGAAGCCACUCAUUCGCAGUUGGGCUUCCUGUGUUAAUUACUUGCAGUCGAAUGGAGAGGCUAAAAGAGAAAAAGAGAUUAAAAGAUUGCUCGAGGAGCGAGGCAUCUUUGCAAAAGGGUAUGAAAAGUUGGAAAACUACAUUAGAAAUGGAAAAUAUGGGUCCGAAGAAUUCAAUGAAACGGAAGAACAACUUGAAGAGACUGGAUGAUUGUUGUGGGAACAUUUCUAGAUACUGGAUGAAGAUUUUUUGUGUUAGAAGUGUUGAUGUUAGAAUGUUAGAUUGGAAUAGUAGAACUAUUACGUUCUUAAAGAUGAUAUUGUUCAUAUUGGACAAAUACCUUAUGUAUAUUGGUUGACACCUAUAAAUAGGCGCGUCUUGUAUUUAUCAAAUUAUCAAUUAAUCAGUAUGCUGUACUA